AUGGCCCAUUGGCCCUGGCCCUCGUCGACGGAGUCCGCAGGCGCUUCCGCCUCCACCUCCGGGGUGCCCGUGCGCUCGCGGGCGGCGGCGCCGCGUGACCCCACGGGGUCUAGGAUCCGGGUCUCCAAGCUGCGCGAGAUGGCGCUGCCGCCACAGGAUGCUCAGCCCAACAAGAUUCGCAGUGAUAAGGCCAGGGAAUAUUUGCUUGCCAUGCCGAGGAAGCGCCCUAUUCCUUUUUCUCAUAAGUUCCAUAAUGCUGAUCCUCUGGCUCUCUGCUUGCUGGAGCAUUUACUUGCGUUUGAUCCUAAAGAUCGACCUACUGCUGAAGAGGCUUUAGCUGAUCCAUAUUUUAGUGGGCUUUGUAAAUUGGAACUUGAGCCUUCAGCACAACCAAUUUCAAAGGUUGACUUUGAAUUUGAGGGAAGAAAACUAACAAAGGCGGGUGUAAGAGAAAUGAUAUAUCGGGAGAUUUUGGAGUACCAUCCACAGAUGCUUCAGGAGUACAUCGAAGGUGGAGAGCAGAUUCACUUCCUAUAUCCAAGAGAGAGAGUCUGUUCUUCUGAAGAUGGCCAUAAUCAGGACUCUGACAACGAAGAGCAGAGAGCAGCAUCCUAUGUUGCCCGAACAACAAUAAGCCCCCCAAGAUCACAAGAGGAGGGCCGCAAGCUUCAAUCCACCGAUCAGAGCGCCACAAACACUGCCAACUCCUGCGCCAAGAGCUAUCUGAAGAGUGCCCCUAAUAUCAGUGCUUCCAGGCGUGCCAUCAAAGGGAAUACUGGCCGAAAGGAAGAUUAUUGUUUCGUUUUACCCGAGAAGCUGACUGUUUCCCUUUCAGGAGAAGGAAUCUCCGAGGCUGUGAAAGAGGAGGAGGCGCCGGCCGGUUCAUGA